ACUUCUUGUUUCCACACAGUGACAGUAAGUUGACUGACUGUUCAAGACCUCUCCCCUUCACUUCACUCUGACUGCAGGGUGGGAGAUGUAACAAUGGCCUUGGGAACAGCAGGAAGUGUGUUGGUGAUCUUUCUCUGGUCUGUAGCAGUGGUACUGGGUCAGGAUGGCUGGAGUGUGACUUACACCACUCAUAGUAUCUGUACCUUGAAGGGGUCAACAGUAGAGCUGUCCUGCUCUUACACAUAUCCCAGUGGUUAUACAGUCACGACAACCUACUGGUUCAACAAAUAUGAUGCUGUUGGUCCUGUAAGUCUGAGUGAUGACCCAGACUACAAAGGACUUGUGACGUACCGUAAGGAUAAAGAGAAUGGUCACACCCUGACAAUCACAGACCUGAGAGAGAGUGACUCAGCUACGUACAAAUUCAGAUUUACAGAUCAGACUGGAACAUGGAGGUAUACUGGCGAUCCUGGAGUCACUCUGUCUGUCACAGGUCUUCAGGUGAAGGUGACUGGUGGACAUCAGGAUAAGACACUGACCUGUAGCACCAGCUGUACUCUGACUGACAACCCCACCUACAUCUGGUACAAGAACGGACACAAAGUAAAGGAGGACACUUCCAGCCUGUAUUCAGACUACUUUAGUGAUGCAGACAGCUAUUCCUGUGCUGUAAAAGACCAUGAGGAUCUCCUCUCUCCUGCAGUGUUUAAGUGUGGACUUUUACAUACAACAUUUGUUUCAGGUUGUCAGACAAUCAUUAUUGAAUUUGCUGUGAAUGUGACGUCCACUUCUGCUUUAGUUCCGUAUGCUUUGCCACGCAGUGUUGAAUGGGCUUCAAGAUAUAUAAUCAAAUUCAUGAAAAUGCAGUCAAUGGAUGAAUUUACUUCUGCCAGAUACCUUUCAUUAUGUUUUUGCACUUGUACACCAUUGCACUACAUUUUUGAGCAGUGAAGACCCAUGAACAAAGAAAAAGUUUAAAAACUACAAAGCUGAUGGGAUAGUCACUUCCUGGUUACUUUCACAGCAUAUGAUUUAAACAUGAUUAUUUAUUUAUUUUCAUUUAUACUUGGAGGUGAGGUGCCCUGAUUGGUGUCACUCGUUAGUCAGAAUGUGUUACAACUGGGGGGUUUUAUUUUGUUUGCCUCUUCUUGGGUAAAUGUUGUGGGCGCUCAUGUCUUUUUGUUCCAGUUGUUGUUGAUAGUACAUUUUCAAUGGACUCCCCCAUGAGUGUCUUUCAGAGCCCACUGGUCUCAUUUUUGUCUUUGUCAGUGACUCUUUUGUUAAUUCCCCCUUUUGUUUUGGUUACAUUUGAGGUUUUCUUGCUGGGGAACGUAACAGCAUAAGUGUAUACAGUAGAUAUUGUAAUGAAAGAUUUUUAUAAAGGUGUUAUAUUGUCUUGUAUUUUAGGUCAGAAGUGUUGGAGUGUGACUUACACCCAUCAGAGUAUCUGUACCUUGAAGGGGUCAACAGUGGACAUAUCCUGCUCUUACACAUAUCCCAGUUAUCAUGAGAUCAAACAAGCUUUCUGGUUUACUAAAUGGUCUGGUGUGGAGCCUGAAGAUCUGAGCUCAGUGCCAGGGUAUGAGGGUCAUAUAGAGUACCUUGGGGAUAAGGAGAGUGACUGUACCCUGAGAAUCACAGACCUGAGAUUGAGGGACUCUGCUGGGUUCAGGUUCAGAUUGGUAACAUCUGGGGAAAGGUUUUCUGGCUCACCUGUCUACCUGACUGUCACAGAUCUUCAGGUAAAGAUGACAACUUCACUGUUUUCAAGGCAGGUGACACUGACCUGUAGCACCACCUGUACUCUGACUGACAACCCCACCUACAUCUGGUACAAGAACGGACACAAAGUAAAGGAGGACACUUCCAGACUGGACUCAGACUACCGUAACACUGAAGACAGCUUCUCCUGUGCUGUAAAAGGCCAUGGGUACCUCCACUCCCCUGCAGUGUGUGUCCGUGGUCAGAACUGUUGGAGUGUGACUUACCCCCAUCAGGGAGUCUGUGCCUUGAAGGGGUCAACUGUGAAUAUAUCCUCCACGUAUGACAGUGGUUAUGAUACAAUCACAUCAUCACACUGGUUUAGUUCUAAACAAAGUUCCAGCUGGAAGGAUAAGUUGGUCCCUGAGGACCUAACCACAGACCCAGAGUAUGCAGGUCGUGUGGAGUAUGUUGGAGAGAAGGAGAGAGGUCACUCCAUCCUGAGAAUCACAGAUCUGAGAGAAGAGGACUCUGCUGAGUACAAGUUCAUAUUCAACACACAAACCUCAGGAUGGGGGUACAGCUUCCCUGGAACAACUCUGACUGUCACAGGUCUUCAGGUGCGGAUUAAGGAUCCAACCAACAUCAUAGAGGGAAAGGGUCUUUGUCUGUUCUGUGAGUCCAUAUGCUUUCUGCAGGACAACCACUCUUACAUCUGGUACAAGAACGGACAACGUCUGAUCAGGCAUGAGACCAAGUACCUGUACCUAAAGCCAGUCAGCAGUGAGGAUACAGGCAGAUACUCAUGUGCUGUAGAAAACUAUGAGUAUCUCCGGUCUCCUGAAGAGGCUCUCACUGUCAGAUAUGGCCCAAAGGUCACCUCAGUGUCAGUCAGUCCCUCUGGUGAAAUAGUGGAGGGCAGUUCAGUGACUCUGACCUGCAGCAGUGAUGCCAACCCACCUGUGGACAAAUACACCUGGUACAAGAAGAACGUAACCUCACCAAAAGCAUCAGGACAGAGUUACAGCAUCACUAACAUCAUCUCUGAGGACAGAGGAGAAUAUUACUGUGAGGCUGAAAAUAAAUAUGGACGUCUCAACUCUUCUUCUGUGUUUGUGGACGUUCAGUAUACUACAACAUUGUUUCUCUGGGUUCCUGUGAUGGGGGUGGGGGCUGUCCUGACUGUUGGAGCUCUUCUAGUCACCAUCUACUACUAUAUGAAGAGGAGACACACAGGAGGAAGUGAUGACACAGCAGACAGACAGAGUGUACAUCCUGACCCCAACAGUGACAUGUACACAUCUCUGAACAUGAAGACCAGGUCACCAGAGUAUGACACCCUGGCAAAUGUGAGGGACUUCGCAGUGACACACACAGGCCCUCAGAUACAUGCUGAGCCCUCCGAUUAUGAGAACUUAAGAGAACCACCACAGAACCUGGACUGAAGAGAACCACCACAGAACCUGGACUGAAGAGAACCACCACAGAACCUGGACUGAAGAGAACCACCACAGAACCUGGACUGAAGAGAACCACCACAGAACCUGGACUGAAGAGAACCACCACAGAACCUGGACU